AUGGCCCACGUCCGGCCUCAAGAAGAUCAAGAUCAAAGGAGACAGAGUACAGAUAUUAAAAAGAGAUCAAGACUCCGCUCGAAGCCCGAGUCAACAAGAGCGAGAGAAGACGAAGAGAAGCAUCUAUUUUGGAACACGAAGAAAAUGAAACUACCCAAAGAGAAACCAAGUGACAGAGGUCGCAAACAACAAGAAUCUACGACGACUACACCUUGCGACGAGAAAGAACCGAAGAAACUCAGCAAAAUGCCGACACCUGCCUCGCCUAAGCCCCGUGUUAGAGGCAGCCCACGGAAGGUGACGACGGAAGCGACAUGUGUGCGGAAGCAAGGGAAGGUGACGGCAGGAGAAGUUCGCAAAGCAGCAGUGAAACCCCGAGACGGAGGAGCAUUUCAACUAGAAGGACUGCGGCCACGUGACGAGGGAACUACGGAAAACACGGUCCAACCGACGCUAGGAAGCUACGAGCAAAGCGGGGACGUGGACAUGAACGCGGGCCUCAACACAGACGACAACGGCGCUGAUCAAGAGGAUGAAAUGAUGCAGGAGGAGCAACGUGACACCGGAAACGGAGACAGGGCCAUCGAAGGAGAAGCAGUGCUCGAUCAUUACCACUCGGAAGCAGAGUGGGUGGCAUUCGAAGAAAGUUUCAAGUCUACGCAGCUGAUGCUAGCGUUCUCCAUCGACGAGACGUCGACCUUCGUGGAAACGCUUGGGCCUGUGGGAAUCAUGGAGCUGGCCCCUGGCAUUGUCCAAGUGUGCGGAUCGCACGGGACCCAGUUCAGUGAUAAGCUUAUCCCGACCAGCCAGCCAGCAGAAGAACUGAUUGCAACACCGGUUAUCAACAACCGGGCACUUUGGAAGUUCUUGCGCAAAGGAUACAUGAAAGUGCAUGGCGUCACCGUGUGGGUGGAGCCGUACUACCCCGAGAAGGGGUCACCAACCUUGAUAUUUUGCAGAUCGAGUACAGGAACCCGAAUCCGGUAUCGGCGGUGGAUCUACACAAACUACUGCAGAGGUCCCGGAGUACGCUUUCCGACUGAUGUUUGCGAACGUAUCGACAUGUACAAGGCCUGGUUGGCGCACGACUGGGAGACUGUGCGUGAUAUUCAACACGGGUCAACGAUCACGCUGAAGCCAAUUAAGAGCGUCCAGUGGGACUACCAGCGCGAGAUGAUGGUGCGACCGAGGGCUGCCUCGGAACCCAGAGCUCAAAGCAUGAGUGAUAGAGACUACACUGGACGACGAUCGGGGGACAUUGACCUAGCAACCGCUAAAGACACUACCCGACUGUAUGAAAUGUUCAACUUCAAACAAUCCAAGCGGCUUAUGAUUGGCAACAUCCGCAUGUUUGUGAACCGAGUCAACCCGGAUGGCCGUCACCUCUGCUUCGGGUGUGACCGCCCAGGACACUUCCAACGAACCUGCUCAAAGAUACAAUCACUAGACUGGAACGGGGGCCACCAGCGCCGGAGCGAUCAAGAGCAGUAUCAAGCUCGUAGGUUUGGUCGAGGACCAGCACGAAGCUCCCCCGGAUCCCAUGCAUCUCCGCAGCAUGGGCACAUCAAGUACAACGGUCGGUCGAGUAGCGAAGGAGGAAGCAGUGAACGAUCAGUUACGUUGAGAGAGCGUCUCGAGGCAGAGAGACUCGAGUCGCAUGGACAACUCGUACCCGGAAACAGCGGGCGCUCGCUUACUCUGAGAGAGCGUCUCGAUGCAAACAGACUUGAGUCGCACGGGCAACUCGUACCCGGGAGCAUGAUGCCAAUGAUCAAGUCGUUAAUCGCGGCCGAAGUACGCGAACAGUCCCAACUCGUGCGGAGGGACAUACAAAUCGAGCUUGCUCGUCACACCCAAGAACUCAACACUAAGCUGGAUGCCCACGAUACGGCGAUAGCAGAAAUGAGAGCCUCGCAGCAAGAAACCUCCUCGGACAUCAAGGCGCUCUUGCUGCAGAUCGGGCAGUCGAUGAAUAUUCCGAAUUUUGGCGGUGGGGGUCUCGAGAGCGCACUAAGCGUGGUCCCAACGGUAGUGGCUGUACAUCCUGAGGCAAGGUCAGUGGGGGUGAUUGCAACCACAACAAUUGACCAGGUGCAGGUUUAUUCUUCGGACGACGCGGAAAAUUCAGAGCAAGAAGAUCGCAGAUUAAUAACACUAGAGCCAGAUCGGCCAAACUCCACCCGGCAUCACCGCGGACGGCGUAGGCGUGCAUGGAACCCAAUCGUGGAACGUGGGCAGUAUAGUGCCGAAGGCGGCGAACAUGCCGUCCGUGAGGAGAUCUUGCAAAGGGAACAUUUUGCAGAACACUACAUAGGGGACCAGGGCACCGUGCGCGAGGGCAACGCAGACCUGGAUAUCCGCGUUGCCACCGCGAACAUUAGCAAGGGCACAUGGAGUAAGAUGGAAGAAAUUAGAGUGUGGUUUAUAGCAAAUUCCGUUGACUUCCUGGUACUUUCAGACGCUGGAAUCCAGGGCGCCCAAGAACGAUUUGUAUGGAGUAGAUCACGUGAUGGAGCGGCAGCCCCAACCUUAAUGUUGGUUAGAAAUGAUCGGGUUGCAAUCGUCAUGGAUAAAAAACGGUGGCAGUCGCGCUGGAGGAAAAGCUGCACUGCAUACUCGCAGUCGGGCCGGUCACUGAGCAUGCACUUCCGACUGGGGGGCAACACGGAUCUUACCAUCAUAGGAACCUAUUGCCCGGAUAGCCCACAUCGUAACCCAGAGGAGACACGGCGUGAGCGCUCCUGGAUCGAACGGCAAGCUCAGAUAGCGGAACAAAGUGGCAACAUCUGUGUAUUAGCGGGCGACUUCAACACUUACCCAGACGAAGACCUUGAUCGGGACGGGGUGGGCCAGCGAGAGACGGCUGCAAGGGUUGCGAGUGAUUAA